UAGGCCGGUUGUUUUUCACAAGGCCAAACCUGACUUAGCCAGCGAACCAGGACAUGGGCUUACAGGCAGCUUGAGGAAAAUAUGAUGUGAGAGCUUUUAUGGCAGAGGAAGUCAGGUAGCCAUUGGAGUCACUUUUGAAGACUAGGCAUUUCAUCAUAUAGGAAUUGUUGCCAGGGAUAUAACUCAAAAUGGCCGCCCAGAAGCGAGCAUCGGAUGAGUCCAUCUAUCGUAUCCCUCCAUAUUACUACCUCCAUGUCCUCGACCAGAACACGAAUGUGACUACCGUCGAGACUGGGCCAAAGACAUACAUCCGCCAGGAUAAUGAGAGGGUGGUGUUUGGCCCGGAUAAGAUGAUCACAGUGCCUCCCCGGCACUACUGUGUCAUCGAGAACCCUGUGGUCAAAGACAAGGAGAACAAGCCAGUGACCGACCCCAGCGGUCAAGCCAAACUCGCUCACGCUGACCAAGAGAUCAGGCUUGCCCAGGAGCCCUUCCCUCUCUACCCUGGCGAGCUUUUGAAAUUGGCUGUGACACCUCUGAAAGUAGUAGUCGCUAAUGCAGCGCUAAGACUGCGAGCUAUUCUAGACUUUGAGGACGAGUCCGGCGAGAAGCGGGUAGCAGGGGAUGAGUGGCUGUUUGAAGGACCAGGAACUUACAUUCCUCGUAAGGAAGUUAUAGUGGAGGAAACGAUCAGAGCGACUGUCAUCAAGCCUAACCAGGCCAUUCGUCUGCGGGCGCGCAAAGAGUGCGUGGACAGGGAGGGUGACUCCAGGGUGACAGGUGAAGAGUGGCUUGUUAAGAAGACAGGUGCUUACUUACCUGGGGCCUAUGAGGAGGUGGUCGAUGUUGUGAAUGCCUAUGUGCUCACAGAAAAGAAAGCUCUUCACGUUCGAGCUUUACGGACAUUUAAGGAUGAUUUUGGAACCACGCGAAAGAGUGGAGAGGAAUGGCUGAUCACAUUCAAGGACUCCGAAACCCACAUUCCUCAAGUCUAUGAAGAGGUGGUGGGUGUUGUGAACAUCACAACCCUGAGUAACCGUCAGUAUUGUGUUAUCCUGGACCCCGUGGACGACCUUGGAAGGCCUCAGCUCGGACGCAAGAAGCUCGUUAAGGGAGAAACUUCCUUCUUCUUGAUGCCUGGAGAGAAACUGGAGAAGGGCAUCCAGAAUGUGUUCAUAUUGGGAGAAGAUGAAGGACUGAUCAUCAAGGCUAACGAGAGCUUCAAGGAAAAGGAAUCGACAACAGAACGUAAGCCUGGUGACCGCUGGAUGAUCAGAGGACCUCAGGAAUAUGUCCCUCCUGUCGAGGUUGAUGUUGUCAUGAAGAGAACUGCCAUUCCAUUGGACGAGAACGAGGGAAUUUACAUCAGAAAUAUCAAGAAUGGAAAGGUCCGAGCUAUUACCGGCGAAACCUACAUGCUCAACCAGGAUGAGGAAUUGUGGGAAAAAGAUCUGCCACCUGUCGUAGAAAACCUCUUGAUGCAAGGUCGCGACCCUGUAGCGGACAGGAGUGAUAGAAAACCGCAGCAGCAGGAAGGUACCAUGAAACGCGACAAGACCAGGGUCGUGACCUUCAGGGUGCCUCACAAUGCUGCUGUACAGAUUUAUGAUUACAAGGCAAAGAAAGCCAGGGUAGUUUUUGGACCUGAGCUGGUGAUGUUGCGUCCGGAUGAACAGUUCACCCAGCUAAGUCUGUCAGGAGGGAAGCCCAAAAAGCCUAAUGUCAUCAAAUCCCUGUGCCUGUUGCUGGGACCAGAUUUCUGUACAGACAUCAUCACCGUGGAGACUGCUGACCAUGCUCGGUUACAACUUCAGCUUUCCUACAACUGGCAUUUUGAAGUUCAGGAGAAAACAGAUGAAAUUGCUGCUAAGAUCUUCAGUGUGCCAGACUUCGUAGGUGACGCGUGUAAAGCAAUUGCGUCCCGGGUCAGAGGUGCAGUGGCACAGGUGCAAUUUGACGAUUUCCACAAGAAUUCAGCCAAGAUCAUCCGAUCCUCGGUGUUUGGCUUUGACGAUAAGCAGAAGGUCCGUGACAGAUUUCAGUUCAUGCAGAACAACCUGGUGAUCACCAGUAUAGACAUCCAAUCAGUGGAGCCUGUGGACCAGCGGACGCGCGACUCACUGCAGAAGUCUGUACAACUGGCCAUAGAGAUCACGACAAAUUCCCAGGAGGCCGCAGCAAGGCAUGAGGCUGAGCGACUGGAGCAAGAGGCCAAAGGUCGUCUGGAGAGACAGAAGAUUAACGACGAGGCAGAAGCAGAGAAAUCCCGUCGCGAGCUGCUGGAGCUGCAGGCGCAGAGUGCAGCCGUGGAGAGCACAGGGCAGGCUAAGGCUGAAGCUCAGUCCCGCGCUGAAUCUGCCAGGAUUGAAGGAGAGGCUGCAGUAGAUCAAGCUAAGCUCAAGGCCACAGCCUGUAAAAUUGAAGCUGAAUCAGAGCUGGAAAGAUUGACACGAGCCAGAGAGGCCGAGACAAAGUACCUGAAGGAACAGAACGAUCUUGAGCUGGAAAAGGCUAGGGAAAUGGCCGACAUCGAGACCGGCAAGUUCAAGGACAUCGUGACCUCUAUUGGUGCCGACACAAUUCGUGCCAUCGCAGUCUCCGGGCCUGAGAUGCAGGUGAAGAUGCUUGGUGCACUCGGACUUAAGUCCACGCUCAUUACUGAUGGCAGCAGCCCCAUUAACCUAUUCAACACUGCCCAGGGGCUGAUUGGGGGCAUGGUGCCCAGCCGACGUAGGGCAGAUGAAUCUGACAUUGAUGAGUAAAACAAGACUCCCCCUACCUUGCAUGCAUUUCUUAAACUCGUUGUUCCUAAA